GCAGGCGGUUCAGUUCAGCCACAAACGAGUCACUGAAUCUGUUGCGCUUGGUCACUCUUUCCAAAGGGAAAAAACUCUAAGAAUUCGCUUUUUUGUUUUUGCUACUAUGAGGGAAACCUGUGAUUUUUAAAAGGACUACAAGAACAUUUUAGUACUGUUGGCACAAAGUCUCAAACUUCUUUUCGCUUGUGAUGCCCGCUGGGAUGUUUAGUAUCGACAGCAUCUUGGCAGGGAGACCCAGCUGCAAGGACUCGGUUCUGCUCCAUCGGAAUGCUCCGGUUGUGUUCUCCAACUUGACGGAAUCCUUGUACACAGCAGCUGGCGAUUUUAAUGGACUGUAUUCUCACACAGGACCUCCGGCUCCAAACUUACAAUCGAUGAAUGGAACCAGGAUAGGCUACAACAACUACUACUAUGGACAACUUCACGUCCAGGGGCCGACUGGACCAGCCUGCUGUGGCGCAAUACCAACCCUCGGCUCGCAACAGUGUCCGUGUAUUCCUACAGGUUAUGACAGCGCCGGUUCAGUGCUUAUUUCUCCAGUCCCACAUCAGAUGAUGUCGUACAUGAAUGUGGGCACCCUGUCCAGAACCGAGCUACAGCUACUCAACCAGUUACACUGUCGGCGCAAGAGACGACACCGAACCAUAUUCACCGACGAGCAACUGGAGGCACUGGAGAACCUUUUUCAAGAAACCAAAUACCCUGAUGUUGGCACACGAGAACAACUGGCACGUAAAGUGCACCUACGUGAAGAAAAAGUUGAGGUUUGGUUCAAAAACAGACGAGCAAAAUGGAGAAGACAGAAAAGGUCUUCGUCAGAGGAGUCAGAAAACUCACAGAAAUGGAACAAAUCCAUGAAAACAGCCACAGAGAAAAUCGAGGAAGGCAAAAGUGACGUGGAUUCUGACAGCUGAUAAAUAGAAAAUGAAACCGGAAAAUCUUGCACAAAUACGAUUCGGACUUUAUGUACAUAUUGUAAAGUACCAUGUGAGUAGGAGUAAAAAUGUGUUGUCAUGCUGUUGCACAGAUGUAUAGUAAAUGUUAUCUUUAACGAUGAUAUUGUUAUUUAUAUUAAUUUAAAUUUACACAGACAAAAUAACGUGGAUUCUGGCCAUAUAAUAUUACCUGAUAUAUACUGAAAAGUUUUUAAAGUCUUGUCGUACAUAUACCAAAAUAAAAUGUUCUGGAAUGGGCUGUAACUGACAUGUACGAUGGCAGGACGAUAAAGUUUGUCAUUGAUUAAAUCAACGUUUAAUGGCGCCUAAAAAAAAAAACAUAAGCAAAUAUUAAAGUAAUAUCUCAAAAAAGUUUGAUUUUUCGUAUUUAUUUAAAAUGUUGCAAGUAUUCUCUAAGAGCAUUUUAAUUCGCCGAGUCCUCUUAGGAUUUGCUGAUUAACAGCAUUUGUUAAACGAGGAAUGUUCUAAUUUAGAUGUUUAGUAUAAUUACAUUUUCAUAAAAUGUAGGCAUCUUUAGUCAGACUCGAGACUUUAUAUUAUCUCAUUGUAAUUUACCUUUAUGCCUGCAUGGGUGAAUAAGAGAUAGGCUAUUAGAGCACACUGAUUGAACUUGACAUGAAAAUGUCACAGAAUGUCUCUCUCUUUUUUAUUUUAAAUCUCUUUUGAUAAGUUCAAAAGUCAAAUCAUCAGGGCUGAUAAACGUACUGAAUGUCGUAAUUUUUUAUUAGCUCCUAUAUUAUCUUGUCAUAAUCUUACGGUUACGUCACAUCAGGCCAUGCUGAUGAAUAAUCAUCAGAGGAAUUACGGCCUAUUGAAUGGUGUAAAAAGUAAAGAAAACAAAACAUUUUUUUUUUUUUAAAUUAACCUGUUUACUUGCGUGAAUUUAAACGUAAAGCAAUCAGAACCACCCUUUUUUUUCCUUUUUUUUUUUUUUUUUUUUUUUUUUUUUUAAUAAUUCAUUUAUUUUUAAAACAGAUUUCCCUCCUGGGUAUUUACAUAGCUUACAUAUGUGGGCCUAUAAUUUAUGUCUAUCCCUAUUUAUAAUUGUGCUGAAAAAAAAAAAAACAAAAAACAAAAACAAAAAAAAGGGUGAAAAGACGCUACAUCAAACGCGACAUCUCUGAGAAAAAUAUCGUCAACAUUGGUCACGUGUUAUCUGUUAUUGUCUCUGAUGUUCUACGAUAAAAACAAACAAACUAACAAAAAAACAUAUAUUAUAAUACAUUGUGGUGAAUUAAAUUAAUGGAUUAAGCCAGCAUAACAGUUUAUUUUACAAUAUGCAGUUCUUUUAUAUAUUUUUUUCACGACAUUUGGACGCUGUAAUGCGUUUAUUUAAUGUUGUGUUGUCGCCAUAUGUUUACACUGCACUGUCUAGCACUCAAUCAAUAGGCCUAUAUAUAUUUUCUUUUUAUAGUCAGUUGAACACAUCGAAGGCAAUUUAAGUUACCUAUAUUUUAACCCGGAACUGCAACUGUGACAGUGUGAUAAUGUUAUUUUGUUGCUCAAACAAGCUCAUAAAAUGUUUAAGAUGUCUGAUUAUUUUUACAUUUUAGCAUAUGUAAUAUUUUUACAUAUUGGCCAAGUUUUGCAAACAAGUGGUGACAUUUAGGGUACAUAAUUGUACCCAAAAAUAAACCCUAAAUGACAUUUUAAAUUCCAGUUAACUAAACCAAUUUCAAGUCAAUGUCAUUUUAAACCAGUAAAAUAUUCUCAGUCCCUGAUUUAUGUUUUUAUAAUAACAAUAUUUAAAUAUUAUCAUUAUAUUUGCGACCUUUAAAAUGUAUUUGCCUGCCCUUAAAACAAGCUAACAGUUUCCGUGAAAUAGAGAAGUCCAAAAACAUCAGCCCUACAAACAUUUCAGUUUCUGUGUUAUCUCCUGCUAAUGGUCCAUAUUACAUCUAUCCACAUAAGGGUGUGCAGGAGGAAUUAUAUGAAAACUACAGAUACAGAUGUGCGUAUCUGCCUGUGUGUCUAAGAAAUGGGCAAGGGUACUGCAUACAUAUUUAAAUGAAUAAUUACAGCUUAGUCUGUUUUAAAGGUAUAAGCUACUUAAAUAUGAUUUGUGAUGCUGGCAACAUACCAGUGUCUGUAAGAGUCCUCUUAUUGACAAUUUUCUCUUGAUGAAACGCAGAUCUUGAGUCUUAAAGGGCAACAGUGUGAGCCGAAUAUUUAUUUGUGUUUAUGUGCUUAUGCAUUUGGGCUAUUUAUCAUCAAAAAUAAACAUCCAUAUACCCAGUCUGUAAGUAUAUUGACUCAGGGCAGCAUGUUUUUCCAGACAUGAAGCUGAUUAAGCGAGAACACUCCAGCCAUCGAAGACAUUGGUAGUUUCUUAACAAUUUGUUAUUCCUUCACAGUAAAUAGUUAGUCGAGUGAUUUUAAAUCACAGUCUGCUCCUCUGUGUACCUUCGGUCGCCUGUUUUUUCCCCCCUUCCCUUCUUUUUUAAAACAGCACACUAUUCUAAAACCACACAGAAAAAAUAAUACUAUUAAACGUCUUCGGUGGCUUUUUAAAAACAGAUUAAAGUAGGGUAGUGCAGGUACUUAAAGAUUUGGCAAUAACACAAACCAAGAAACAAAGCAUGUUGCACUAAUAAUCCUUCACAUGUCUGGUGUGAUUUAUAAAGUGUUUCUUCACCGAGUGCCAGUGAGAUAUACAAAGCACAGGACUGAGUCCAUUAAUCUCUGUUUUUUCAUUUCUCCCCCUUUUUAGGCUGUAAUUUAGUAUUUCAAAAAUUUAAUACACACUUUGGGUUUUUUUCAAACCAUUAUUUCUUUGACCUUUUUAUGCAUAGUUCCCGGCACUUGGAAAAACAUAGGUGGAGUCCAAGAAAAAUUAAGCAGCGAGUCAAGUCCAGAAGCAGAUAAAUCUUUAGUCAUGUGCUUGUUUUCUAAGAAAUGCUGCAUUUUGCUCCAUAUUUUCGGUUGCGCAUAAGCUGUUUUUUCUCUUACUUAAUUAAAAUCAUUAUGCUUAUUGAUCAAA